CAUUGUUUCUGUUUUUAAGUUUUCAUAAGGCACAAGGAAGCCAGCAACAUCUUACAAAGAGCUAGGAGAGCCAAUUAUUUCUUAGAGGAGCUUAAAACAGGAUCACUUGAGCGGGAAUGCAUGGAAGAAAAAUGUUCGUGGGAGGAAGCAAGAGAAAUCUUCCAAGAUGAUUUGAGGACUAAAGAAUUCUGGGCAAUCUAUACAGAUCCUGAUCAGUGUGAGUCCAACCCUUGCCAGAAUGCUGGGACCUGUAUUGAUGAGUAUCAAGACUACAUUUGCAUUUGUCCUCCAGAACAUGAAGGCAGAAAUUGUGAAAUAGGACCAGAAAGCAAGCUGAAAUGCUUCUUUAAAAAUGGCAAUUGUGAGCAGUUUUGUGUAGAUUCCCCAACCACAUUAAGACAAUGCUUUUGUGCAGAUGGAUACAGGCUAGGAAGUGAUCAAGUAUCCUGCAUUGCAGAAGUUGAUUAUCCCUGUGGGAAAAUACCUCUUCUGGCAAAAAGGCCAAAUCCACAAGGAAGAAUCAUAGGUGGUUAUGACUGUCCUCCAGGCGAAUGUCCAUGGCAAGCUCUCAUAACAGAAUAUGGAAAUGAAAAAUGUGGAGGUGUUCUGGUUGCUCCAUCCUGGGUCAUUUCAGCAGCUCACUGCUUUCAUGAUGUCCUCCGACAAAAUCUCAGGAUAAGACUUGGUGAAUACCAUAUCAACCAUAGAGAUGAAGGCGAACAAGAAAGAACAGUGGAUGAAUUAAUAAUCCAUGAAAAGUAUUCUCGGAAAACCAUUGACAAUGACAUUGCUUUGCUAAGAUUAUCAGCCCCAGUCAACUUCUCUGAGUAUGUGGUGCCCAUCUGCUUGCCACCUCCUCGAUUUGCAGCAGACAUAUUGAACUACGUUGAAUACUCCACAGUGAGUGGGUGGGGGCGUCUUUUGGAAGGCGGAGCUACUUCAGCACUUCUUAUGCGAGUGGAAGUCCCCAAAAUACACAAAAAGGAAUGUGUUCGGCACACUAACUUCAAUAUUACAAAUAACAUGUUCUGUGCAGGUUAUCUUGAUGGGAGUAAAGAUUCUUGUGAAGGUGACAGUGGUGGACCUCAUGUCACUGAAUACAAAAAUACUUGGUAUCUAACGGGAAUUGUGAGCUGGGGUAAAGGGUGUGCUGCAAUAGGAACAUAUGGAGUUUAUACAAAAGUUAUGAAAUACUAUCAGUGGCUAAAUAAUCGUAUGGAUUCCAACAACAGGAAGCCUGCUUGCUUGAAACUUGUUCAUAGCCAGCCCUGGAAGAGAACAAAGUGUUCUGUUCCACCGAUAGGCACCAUGGCUCCUCAGCUACUCCUCUGUCUGAUCCUCACUUUUCUGUGGAGUCUCCCAAAGGCUGAAAGUAAUGUAUUCUUAAAAGGCAAAGUGGCAAAUAGGUUUUUGCAAAGAACGAAACGAGCUAAUUCUUUGUUUGAGGAAUUUAAACCUGGAAACAUUGAAAGAGAAUGCAUUGAGGAGAGAUGCUCAAAAGAAGAAGCCAGGGAGGCAUUUGAAGAUAAUGAAAAAACUGAGAAGUUCUGGAAUGUUUAUGUAGAUGGGGAUCAGUGUUUAUCAAACCCCUGUCAUUAUGGUGCGACAUGCAAAGACGGCAUUGGUAGCUUUAGCUGUACCUGCUUGGAUGGCUAUCAGGGGAAAAUCUGUGAAUCUCUCAUAAUUAAGUCCUGCAGAUUGGACAACGGUAACUGUUGGCACUUCUGCAAAUUUGAUCAAAACAAAAUUCACUGUUCAUGUGCUGAAGGUUACAUUUUGGGAGAUGAUGGGCAGUCUUGUGUUGCUGGAGGUGACUUUUCAUGUGGUAGAAAUAUAAAAGUAAGGAACAAGAGGGAAGCAAGUCUGCCUGACUUUCAAGAAGAUUUCUCUGAUGCCUACGAUGUGAUUGACCAAGAUAAUUUUGUUGAAACUCCUACAAAUUUCUCUAGCUUAGUUCCUAUUAUGAAGCCCCAGAAUGCAACUAUACCGCACAAAUCUGAUAAUUCAGACCGUGAUGUCAGAGUUGUUAAUGGAACAGACUGCAAACCGGGUGAAUGUCCAUGGCAGGCACUUCUGAUAAAUGAUCAAGGAGAGGGGUUUUGUGGAGGAACAGUUUUGAGUACCGUACAUGUACUUACUGCAGCCCACUGCAUAAACCAAACCAAGCACAUUAAAGUUGUUGUAGGGGAAGUGGACAUAUCAAGUAGAAAAACUGGACAUCUUCUCUCUGUGGAUAAAAUAUAUGUGCAUCAAAAAUUUGUUAUGGACACCUACGACUAUGAUAUAGCCAUCAUCCAGUUGAAGACCCCUAUCCGAUUCUCUGAAAAUGUGGUUCCUGCCUGCCUUCCCACUGCUGAUUUUGCCAACCAAGUCCUGAUGAAACAAGAUUCAGGCAUUGUUAGUGGAUUUGGGCGCAUUAAAGAAAGAGGACGGACCUCCAACACACUUAAAGUGGUUACGCUUCCUUAUGUGGACAGGCAUGUCUGCAAGCUUUCCAGCAAUUUCCCAAUUACUGAAAAUAUGUUCUGUGCUGGCUACCAUACUCUGGCUCAAGACGCAUGCCAGGGAGACAGUGGAGGCCCCCAUGUCACUGCAUACAGUGAUACCCACUUUGUUACUGGGAUUAUCAGCUGGGGGGAAGGGUGUGCACAGAAAGGCAAAUAUGGUGUUUACACAAAAGUGUCCAAAUUCAUCUCUUGGAUAAAAAGAAUAAUGCGUCAAAAGCUACCCAGAACAGAGUCAGGCACUGCUCGGCCCUAGAAAUCACCCAAUGGCAUCUUUCAUGCAGUGAUAAUGUCUUAGGUUAGAACAUUUGGUAUAUUCAUUUGGUUCUUUUCAGAUGUGUUGCCAUUUUUAAAUAUAACAUUAAAGUAAUGUAGCUUUCCUAUUUAUCAAGGGCUUUUUUCUCUGGUAACAACCCUCUUGUGAUACAUAGAAGGAAUUGGGGUAUUCCAUUUCAGCUGUCAUCGCUUGUGUUCCUAACUUUUACGACCUUUUUAAAAGAUUUAUAAAGGUUUAUAAUUGAUAAUCCUUCAAGUAGAAGCUCAGCAGUGAUAUUUGGUCCCUUUGUAUAUAACCUCCAGUUCCCUUGAGACCAUCAGUUGGGUUAAUCAAGGUAGUGCCCAACUGGGUAAUCAGCUGAAUUGUUUUUCAAUUUAAUUUACCCCAAACAGAAGCAGAGGCCAAGUAAAGCCUUCAGUACUGUUAUCUGCCAAUGCAAUGGAAGAGGGGUUAGACAUCAUAAAAUCUUGCUCUCCUAAUCCAACACUUCAUGUCAGAAAUUUCUUGAAGAAAGUGAACAGAAUUCUGUAUUUCCUAUGGGAAAGAAAUUAUAAAUUUACGACUAGCCUACAAAGAAAAUAUCUAUAAAAUGUUUUAUUGAUGGCAUUUUCCCCCAGUGAGAUUGGCCAAAAUGUAUCCAAAUUUAUCCCCCAAAUG